AUAAAUCCAUGUACUUAUUACUCUUAAAAUCUUAAAUCUCAAAUAGAAAUACACUCUUAAAUUAUUGUUAUCUCAAAUACGCAACGUCUUUUUUCGUCUUUUGUUUUAUAUUUAGGUUUACAAAUGGAAGUUGGAAAUGGAGUUGAGUUUUUUCGCAACAAAAUUAUCCUAAUCACCGGCGCAACUGGCUUCCUUGCAAAGGUGCUCGUAGAGAAGAUACUUCGAGUUCAGCCAAAUGUGAAGAAGUUAUAUCUUCUUAUAAGAGCUAAGGAUAACAAAGCAGCACUUGAAAGACUACAUAGUGAGAUCAUUGGGAAGGAUUUGUUCCGAGUUCUAAGAGAAAGACAUGGCAACUUAUUUGAUUCUUUCAUAUCAGAAAAAGUGGCACCUAUUACUGGCGACGUGUCAUCAAUCAAUCUGGGUUUAACGAACAAUGAUAGCGACUUUUGUAAGGAAGUCAAUGCUAUCGUUCAUUCAGCAGCAAUUACUAGAUUUGAGGAGAGGUAUGAUUCGGCUUUGGGAAUCAACACUUUUGGAGCAAGGAAUAUCAUUGGCUUUGCAAAGACGUGCCCUAAUUUGCAAAUUCUUAUUGAUGUUUCAACGGCUUAUGUUUGUGGAAAGAAGACCGGGCUUAUUCCGGAAACACUGUAUAAUUUGGAUGAGAAUUGUUGUGGGAUUAGAGGGUUUGAUGUUAAUACAGAAAAGAAGUUGGUUGACAACACAUUGCUUGAUCUCACAAUCAAGGGAGCUUCUUCUAAAGAAAUCCGAGAUACCAUGAAACAAUUGGGUCUAAAAAGGGCAAAAUUGUAUGGAUGGCCUAAUACUUAUGUGUUUACGAAAGCCAUGGGAGAGACGCUUAUCCACGAGCACAAAGGAAAUUUACCACUAGUCAUUAUUCGCCCUACCAUGAUUAGCAGCACUUACAAAGAACCCUUUCCUGGUUGGAUUGAAGGUUUAGGAAGUUUAGCCAAUGUUUCUAUUCUAAAUGGUAAAGGAUAUAUCAAUCUUAUAAACGGUGAUGGUAACACUCUCUUUGAUUCGAUUCCGGUUGAUAUGGUGGCAAAUUCAAUACUAACGGCAAUGGUAGCAAAUGCAAAUAAGCCUUGUUUAGAAAUUUACCAUGUGUGUUCUUCUUUGAGAAACCCUUUAUUUCUUGGUAAAGAACUUGACAUCCAUAGCAAAUACUUCGCCAAAAACCCAUGGUAUAAUGGUCAGGGAACGUUGGUAAAGACUAAUAAGUUCAGAUUGGUGAAGAGUCGAGUUCAAUUCCAAAUGUUAUUAGUUCUGCUUAUCGUUGUGUCCUUGAUGUUAAAAUUAGUGGAUAUAGCAUCAUGUCAUUUUUUCAAGGCUUAUCAAGAUAAACUUGAAAUGUACAUAAAGGUGACAUAUAAAGUUGCAACAAAUUUCAGGCCCUAUACAUGUAAAUAUGUAAUACAUCGUUUGCGGGCAUAUUCGAGGACGAGAACACCGAGAAGCUAAGGACAACGAUGAGCAAACAUGGGAUGGAAGAAGAAGGUUUUAACUUCGAUCCAAAGUGCAUUGAUUGGGAAGACUAUCUUCUUAACAAUCAUAUUCCAGCAACAGUCAAAUACUUGUUUUAACGUAUGCUUUCAUUUGUUAAAGCUAAAAUAAACUUCAUUAUCUGAUCUAUUGUAAUACUUUUUUUUUUUCUUUUAUCACUGUUUUAGUACUUCUAGUUGCAACUUGCAAGUAUUGAUUAUAUGUAUAUUAUUUUGAUAUUUAAUCUAAAGGUGAAUAUCAAAAAGAUUUUUUUUUUUCCCUUUUUCAAGAAGGGUUAAAGGAUUGAGUGGAUUAUACUAGACAUAUAUAUCCAAUUUUAGCUAUGACUAUCAAAUAAACACAUUUUUAAAUGUAAAUGGAGUAGUUUGAUUCGAUAUGUAUUUUUUUUUAUGUAUUAUGUAAUGUUUCAAUUCAAAAAAAAAAAAAAUUGUAUUAUGCCAUCGAGAGAAAUAUCAU